AGUUUGUUUGUUAUUUCUGCAUUCUCCUCUGUUGCGACAUAGAAGAUCUCCGCUAGUGGAAAGAAAGUUCCCUCAUCACCUGGGAAGAAUUUAGAUGCAAGUGGUGAUAGCAAAGGACUAUAUGGUAAGGAAAUACUUUUGAAACGGUAAUCCAACAGGGCACAGAUUGUCUAGGAGCACGAGCAGUUGGAAGAUGAUCACUCUCCUUAGCAGAUAACAGCAUAGGAAGGGAGAGAGGAAUAAGCAGAUUGUGACAGAUGGAUAGACCUGUAGCUGCAAAACCUGUUCCCAACUUUAUACAAGUAUUUUGUAUGGCUAAGUUCAAAGGAGCCCAACUAGCUGCUGACCACUUCUGUGGGGUACACAGUGCAAACCUCUGCUGACUUCCUGGUCAGCUUAGCUUUUGAUCCCCACCAAGUCACAGGUUCUCCUUGGAGGGUUCUUCCAUUAAUCCAUAAGUUAUUCAGUAUAAGAAAUAGAAACUUAUUUCAUAUUACACGUGACAGCUACACAAUGGCAACACCAGCAAAUAAGGGGAAUCCGAAAAAAGUUGGGUUUUUUGAUUGGUUGAUUGAACAGAUCAACAGUGGAAGAUACAAGGGUUUGUUGGACUGGACAGACGAGAACCACACAACUUUUCGUAUCCGUUGGAAGCAUAAUUCAAAGAAGAAUCUUGUGGCACAUGAUAAUGAGAUUUUCAGGGCAUGGGCUAUCUAUAGCAAGAAAUAUAAUGAAGAUAAAUCAGCUCCUAGUAAAUGGAAAAUCAACUUCCGCUGUGCCAUGAACAGUACAAAGAGAUUUGAGGAACUGGUGUCAAAUGAACCUGACUUUCACAAAUACAGAAUCAUCCCCCUAAAACCAAAAACUGAAUCAACAGCUAAUCCCUCUUCUGGUACAAGUAAUGGGAGUGACAAUGAAGCUGAAGCAUUGCAUUUCAGUCCAUACAGUGAAGAAUGUCCCGCUCUGCACCAAUCUACACAGCUACACCAGUAUUCACAACAAAACAUUUCACCUGGUUCACAGCUGGAAAUUGAUGCUGCUUUUCAAACUUUGACACUGGAAAAUGGAAUGCUAGGUUCUGCAGUGCCAAAUGAGAAUGCAGCAGGCAGUUUUUGCCAGACCAAUGAUGAUACACUCCAGUGGAUUAUUCAGCAGUCCCAACUGAAUCUGACUGAAAUGCAGCAUGUCUCAUGGGCCCCAACAGUACCUACAGAUUCCAGUAAUCAUAUUGGAAAUACUAUUUUGUAUGAGCAAACAACUUCCUGUGAAGCCUCUCAGGUCACCCAAAAUGGCUGCUUACCCAUAGGGAAUGGAGUAGUGGUUGAACCUGUGGCAAGUAACUGUUACCAAGAAGGACUCCACUGGCUACCUGCAAACCCAACAAAUGAGAUUUCCCAGUCAACUGUUGCUUUUCCAGUAUCGCAUGUUCAACAAAACUUUCCUGGUGCAAAUCAAUUUAAUCAGUUGGAAGAAGCUGUCUGCGAUACUAGCUGUUUCGUUGAUAACAUUUAUCUGAAUGAAGACCCUCAGGAUAAUGGAAUGAGGAAUAUUGAAAUGAGGAAUGACUAUCCACUUAUAGCAAACCAGGAAGUUAUGAUGGAACAGAGUGUAUUUGUACCUUCAGCUACUCUCCCAACAGAUGAACCAGCCAUCAAUAAUGUUCCUUCUCAGGACCUUCUAGAAACUGCCACAUUUAACAUAAAGGUCUCUAUCUACUAUCAUAACAAGAUGCAGUACGAAGCAGAAGUAAACAGCUGCAUGUUCACCUACAACCAGGAGAACUGCCACCAACCACACAAUGCACAGGUCAUACGGUUUCCAAAUCCAGAAGUGCUGACGGAUCAGAAGCGAGUUCAGCAUACCUUGACUGUCUUAAAUGCUGCAAGUUUAUUAUUAUAUCAGAAAAACGGGAGGAUCUGGGCCAAGCGACUUGGCAUGUGUAAGGUCUUCCAUGCAUUCUCCAAGGAGCUGGACAAUCCUCAGGACCCUCCUUGUAAAUUACUGCAAAGGAAUGUUGAAACUGAAAUCUUCAACUAUGAACAGUUCUAUCGAGAACUAGUCGAGUUCCGUGAUGGUCAAAGACGCUCGUCUCCUGACUAUACCAUUUAUCUGUGCUUUGGACAGCGGUUUACUGCUGCCAAACCCAAGAAGUCCAAACUGAUCUUGGUGGAGCUGGUUCCAAAUUUUUGUAAACAUUGGCAUGAAUUCGUGCAGAGGGAAGGCUUCUCAUCCCUGAACAGCGAAAGUGUGAGCCUCCAAAUCUCCAACAGCCUCUUUGAUAUGAUAGAACAGCUUUCUUCUAUAAUCAUGCAGACUGAGGCAGCAUAUUGAGUGCUUUGUUUUGUGUGCCAAUUAGUAGGUUUUGCAGAGGGUGAGGCUGGUUCUCUCCAUUUGUUUCACAGGCAGAAGUACUAUAAUCUCCGGAUUGCAUCUCAGCGUUGUAUUAGGCAGAUGAUCUCCUAAUUGGACUACUAUUUAUUGAGAUAAUCACACCCCGGGGAUACAGAUACUCUGCCCUCUGAAAUUCUUUCCAAGAACUUAUUGGAAUAUAUAUCUUGCUAUGUGGCUUUAUGACAAGGAUUCUUCUCUGCCGGGAAUAAUCGUGGCACAAAGUUGAGGAAAUUCUUUCCAAGAACAUAUUUUCAUGUGAUAAGAAUUUCCAGAAACUGCAGGGAUGAAUUUAGAUUCUGGAAUGCACUUUUAUCGCCUAUGUUUUGUAGGGAAAAAACAUUAAAUAUAUGUUCUAACCUGAAACUCAGCUGAUACUUCCUUUCUCCAAACAAGACUAUUCCCAAAUGCUAUGUGACAGGGCUAGAAGCAAGGUUUUGUAUUUUCAGUCCUAAAAAGAAAGAAACUUACAAAGGACUUCUGUUCCUAUGUAGGAAUUGAGAACUGUCCACACAGAUGGUGCAGUUUUAAAAUAUUUGGGAAAUUUAAAAAAAAAAAAAAACUUUGGGCAAGGCAAACAACUUAAUCAAUAAACUGUUUUUAAGUAUAUCAAAUUCCUUAGAAGUGGAAACAUUGAAAUUUCAAGGGGGCUAAUUUCUGAGAAGAAAACGUUCCUAGUCUCUUGGCUGUAAAGGAGAUGGGAGAGAGAUUUAAUUUCAGACUUGCAAGGUUGAAGUAAGCCUUUCAAGAUAAAUCAGAUAGGAAAGAUGAGCUUGUAUGUCUAUGGAGAUUCUCAGUCGCCCAGGUCAUGGUUGUCCCAAAGGUACUUUUUCAAGAGGCAACUGGACUUUCUGAUUUUUCUUUGAAGACGUUUCUCUUCUCAAAAUUGGAUGAGAAGCGAAACGUCUUCAAAGAAAAACUAGAAAGUCCAGUUGCCUCUCUGAAAUUACAUUUCUCCCCUGUCUCCUUUAGAGCCCAAGAAAUGGGGUCUCUUCUGAGCCUCCUGCCCUGCGACAUUCCUAGGUGGAUUCUGAUCGUUCCCUUGGUUGUGUCUCUUUGCCUUAUAUCCCAAGAUCAUUCCCACAUAUCCUUAUAGGAACCUGUUUUCUAGCCUAAUUCAUAUUAAACACACACACAGAGGUAGAGGAGAAAAGUGAUGUUUUGGUUGCAGAGUUUGUGGGGGUGGGGGGGAGACAAUAGGACUAGUGGACUAUAUCUAGCCAGUAGGCUGCCUUCCCACAGUUGUAAGUUGCAGGUAAUAUAGCCUCAUAAUAUGUGGUCUAUGAUGUGAGAGCAUAGAUCAUUAAAGAAUGUUAGCAGAUCCCUGCUGAAUCAGACAAAGGCUUCUCAAGUACAGCUUUUGUCUUCUCAUAGAGGUCUAGGACAAUUGGCAGUGGCCACAUUGCCAUGCCCACUUCUCCGUGGGUCUCUCACCAUAGUUGACACACCACAGGCUGUCAUCUUUGACUGGCCCUCUGCCAGCGUUCCUCCCCCGGCAAUGCUGGGGCUCCUCUCCUGGCUCUUUUGUUGAGUGAUUCACUGAGGGAUCCUUGCCCCCAGGCAAUUCACUGCAUGGGACAAUUAAAUGUGCCUUCCGCAUUUAAUAAUUUCAAAGCAACUUCUCUGUGUGAAGUUGCAAGGGUGCAUGCACCUUAUAUAUACCCCAUUAGUAGAAAUGAACUUGGUGGGUAUGGGUGACCACAUUUGCCUUCACCUGCAGCUGGGGUAGGACAAGAUAAAAAAUUAUUAAGGUAGCAAGUAGUUACAGGCAUACUGUCCCCAAGAUUCCAAUAAAUAUUUCGCAAGAACCUAUGAAGACAUAGCGUAUGAAGUAUUAAGAUUUCUCAUUUUGUAACACAUGCUGAAUUACUUUACGCAUAUUAGAAUUUGUUAAUGCUAUUUGUUAUUUAGUGUGCAUAGAACUGAAACCACGAUGCAUUGUCUUUUGUAGUAAUUAUAUUAUUAUUAUUGUUAUUGUUAUUGUUAUUGUUAUUGUUAUUAUUAUUGUUAUUCGAAUUUCUAUACCGCCCUUCUCCUUUCGGACUCAGGGCGGUGAACAGCCAAAAUAAAAACAUUUAUAUAUAAAUACGAUUAAAAAUAGAUUUAAAAUAAUUAAAUUUGGCCCAUAGUUUAAAAUUUAUCAAUUUAAAAUCCAUAUCAAAAUUUAAAACCAACCAUAAAAUCAUAAAAUCAAGAGAGACCGGCUAACAUAUAUAAGAUGCAAUUCUGGAAGAAUUCCCAGUGCAUAAGAAAUAGGAGUUUUUUUGUUUUAUAGUGAUGCAAUGGUGAAUGAAUACCAAGCUGCAUCCUCUGUUGUGCACUGCACCCAUCUCUUUCCUCUUCUCCUUCAACAACUCCAUGCACGUCACCCAAAUCUGUUCAGGCAGGUGGGCAGGCAUGGAGGAGGGCUGCAGAGGAGAAUUGAAAUCCAUUUGCCAACAGUCUCUGUUCCUCAGGCAGAUGGAUGGUUGGACAUCCCAGGACCAAAUCCACCUGGUUUCAUUACUCGGAUGAUAACUCAAUGCCUUUCUUUCUCUGCUUAGCAUGAUUGGCUACAAAUUGGGUAAUUUAAGAGGAGGGGAUCUAAUACAGGUAGUCCUUGGCUUACAACCAUUUGUUCAGCGACAGUUUGACGUUACAAUGGCACUGAAAAAAGUGACUUAUGACCGUUUUUCACACUUACAACCAUUGCAGCAUCCCCAUGGCCAUGUGAUCAAAAUUCAGGCACUUGGCACCUGGCAUGUAUUUAUAACAGUUUCACUGUCCCAGAGUCACAUGAUUACCAUUUGUGACUUUCCUAGACAGCUUCCGACAAGCAAAGUCAAUGGGGGAAGCCAGAUUCUCUUAAGGACCACAUGAUUCACUUAAUAACUGUGGCAAAAAAAAAAAAAGUCGUAAAAUGGGGCGCAACUCAUUUAACUGCCUUGCUUAGCAGUAGAAAUGUUGGCCUCAAUUGUCGUAAGUCAAGGACUACCUAUAUUUAAACUAUCCGUCCGAAGCAGCAACAUGUCCAUAUGUAAGCAGGUCAGAGGAAAUGGACAAACUAGUAAAUACCUCUCCUUCUUCCAAAAUCCAAGGUUGGAAAGAGCCAGGAUGGAGUUGAUGGUAGCGCAUGCUCAGAGUUAAGUAAGGGUAGCUUGCCUCAAAAGCAAGACCUGCACUUUUUAUUAACUAAAGUAGGAGACCUACAGAUCAGAUUACAUUCAUCUUUGGUACAGCUUUCCUUGUUUAAGGGAAGAGAAGCUUAAAUGUUUUGGUGUUUUUUUUUUUAAGUCAAUGCUUUCAGGUCAGGAAGGGCUAUAAGCAUAGAGUACAUUUUCCAGUUGCUGAAUGAUUUGGAGGGGGGUAGCGGCAAGAGGGGACGCAGGGGAGGGGUCGCAGUGGCGGGAGCAGCCCUCCCCCACAGUCCCGGCUUCUCAUGUGUCCCCUUGGGAAAAUUAAUUGCCCACCCCUGCGUUACAGGAUGAUGAAAUCUAGUCCCUAAUUUUGUCGGCCGUACCUAAAGUCCAUUUUAAAUGGAGGCACGGUUAAACUGAUAUUUUAAAACUCCUGGGCCACGACCCAUUACUGGGCUGUGAGCCAUUUGGAAGCGGGCUGCGGAAGCAGCACGAGUAGUGGGCGAGCGUGUGCAUAUGUGCGCCAUAUGCAUAAGCAGCAGGCCUGCAUGCACGCCACUUGCACAAAUGGAGCUGCUAAUGCACACUUGCCGGCCUCUCACGCAAAACCAUUCCCUCCCACCCACCUAUUCCCACCCACCGGUCCACAAAGCCAGAAAGGUUGGGGAACUCUGGUGUAGGAGAUUGGAAUUUUAUUUUCUAAUGUUUAGUAGAUAAUAAUAAAGUUAUAGAGAUAACUUUAAAGCGGGGUGGGGGACUUGGGCCUGGAUGUUGCUGAAGUUUAGCUCCCUCAUUCAGCCAAGUUGUCUAGGUCUGUGUUUAUAACACCCAGGAAUAAAAUAUCCAGGAACUACGGAUCUCUUCUAUGUACAACUACUGUUAUCAAAUCCGUAUGAAGUAGUUUCUCUGAAUGUGGCCAAAUUGUGGUAUCCUGUAUGCAAAUUUAGGCAGACACCUAACUUGCCCACUCAUAAUCCACUUCCAAUCGGAUUAUAUUAUUUUGCCUGCCAUUUAUUUUUACUUACUAUUACUAUUGCUUUUAAUGCUAGUCUGUGACCCUAAUAAAAAUUUAUUGUUGAAGGCUCCUGGAAAUGCUUGCAAUAGUUGGAGGGCGUCUAUGGGCUAAUCUUCCGCAAACCUGAUCUAGCUCUCCAUUAACUCCAACUGAUUAUCUGUAAAAGGGCAUUGGCUUUGUCAGUGUUUACAGCAUGACUACUAUUUUAAGACAACCCAGGAGCAAAAUACAGGACACAGACAUUUGCCUUACAAACAGUGGUUUAUCUACAAGUUAUAGAGUUCUAUAUACAGACAUACAAGUAGUAGGCACAUACCAGACAAGCAAUCAGUCUUCAACUCUACAUGGAGAACUACAAUGCAGAUACACGAGAAUGAUACACGAGGAGAGAGAGAGAGAGAGAGAGAGACGCCCCGUAAUGGCCUCCUUUAUAUAGACAGCUUCUUAAGGUGGCAGUAACCCUGCUGAUUAAUUCUCAUUUUAUCAUCUUGAUUGACAGUUUUACAGCGGCUGGUCAGCUUUAAAUCUGACAGUAAUUAGUAAGACAGUAUUUUGUCUUACUCAGGCAAAAUACCAAACAUUGUGAUACAUUGAUCGGGCUUUUAGGGAAGCGGCUUAGAAUCCUUUAUUAGUUUCACAUUUUGAUUAUUGGAAUGGCUGUGAAUUUUAUUGUACAUUUUUUUCAAAUUUUGCUGUUAGUCACUAUUUCUAGACAUGAAGCCACUUACUGUGCCUUUGGAUCUCAAGAAUCUUUUUAGACUAUGAAUGUCUGAAAAUUUUAUUUUUACUGAACUGAAUUACAGGUAGUCCUUGACUUAACCGCAGUUCGUUUAGUGCCCAUUCAAAGUUAUGGCACUGAAAAAAGUGACAUGGCCAUCUUUACACUUAUGACUGUUGCAGCAUUCCUGUGGUCGUGUGAUCAAAAUUUGGAUGUUUGGCAACUAUGUUUGGUUCAUAUUUGACAGUUGCAGUGUCCCUUGGUCACGGGAUCCCCUUUUGCAACUUUCUGAUGAGCAAAGUCAACAGGGAUGCUAGAUUCACUGAACAACCGGGUUACAACUUUAACAAUUGCAAUGAUUCGCUUAACCGCUGUAGCUAGAUGGGUCGUAAAAUGGGGCAAAAUUCACUUAACAAACGUCACACUUAACAACAUAAAUUUUGGGCUCAAUUGUGGUGGUAAGUCAAGGACUACCUGCAUGUUGUAAUGUUAGAAUUUAAUAUUAAGUCUUAAUAUUUAUGCAUUGUAAACCGCCCUGAGUCUCCGGAGAAGGGCAGCAUAUAAAUUAAAGCAAAAUAAUAAUAUAUAUAUAUAUAUAUUUUGUUUAGGUUUCUCACGGAAACAUUUAUUUCAUAAACUCUGAAAAGUCUAAUGAGAACUUGUAAUGAGAAAUCAAGUCUUCCUGUGACUUGUGUAAGCUCACUAAGGUACAACGUUAGUCAAUAAUAUCUUACGGAAAUAAAUUGACAUUCCAUGUAAA